AUGAAUGGAGAGGGGGGCGUGUGUGAAUGAGUGUGUGUGUGUGUGGAGGGAUUAAGCAUCGCAGGGUGUUGUGUGUUGCUCCGGGUCUUUUGCAUCUGUGUGCUCAGUUGAUUGUGUACCUGUAUCUUUGUGCAGGACCUUGUGUGUGUGUGUGUGACUGGCAUUGUUCUCCAAUGUGAAUUCAGUGCUGCUAGAGAAGCCAAGGUCAUUGAAGCCUGGUCACAUGAGCAGUGUGUGUGCCAGCCAGCGAGCGAGCGUGAGUGUGUAUGUGUGUGCGUGUGUGUGAACCUUUCAGCACAGCGUGUGUGUUUCGCUUAGUCUCUCUGGAUGUUCAGUACCAGGGGUAAGGACCUCAUCGGUGCGUCCAUCAAUGUAUGGUGUGUGCGGAUGUUGUGGGGCUUUGAGACCCCGCUAUAAGAGACUUGUUGACAACAUCUUCCCAGAAGAUCCUGAGGACGGUUUGGUGAAAGCUAACAUGGAGAAGCUGACCUUUUAUGCACUGUCUGCUCCAGAGAAGUUGGAUCGCAUUGGAGCCUAUCUGUCUGAGAGACUGUCCAGAGAUGUGGCCCGUCACAGAUAUGGCUAUGUGUGCAUAGCGAUGGAGGCGUUGGACCAGCUGCUGAUGGCGUGCCACUGCCAGAGCAUUAACCUGUUUGUGGAGAGCUUCCUCACCAUGGUCCGGAAGCUUCUAGAAGCAGACAAGCCCAACCUGCAAAUCCUGGGGACUAACUCUGUAGGUGUCACACACAGACACACACAUGCUUGGAGGCAGGAAUAA